UAUCAUCAAAACUUAACUUGUUAGUACUUUACUUGUUACUCGUUUGUAUUAAGUUUUUAAUACAUAUUACUAUUUCAAACUACGCCGUGUCAUAUAUAGACUACCUGUUAUUAAAAUUUUAUUUAAAUUAAAAAUGCUUAGUUAGUUUACAAGUGUUACCAAGCAUAAUGAAUAAAAAGACUGAUAAUAGUGGAUGGAUAUUGUGUCCGUCGAAAAGCCAUCCUGGUAAAUUCUAUUAUUUCAACAUACACAACGGAGAAUCAGCGUGGAGCUUAUACGAUAAUGAGAAGGGAAUGUUUAAGAAUGAUGGUACUUUACACAAAAUCGUAGAUGUUCCCAAACCUAUAACUCCGCCGGAAAACCAAAGCGCUAGGACUUGUUACAACAAUUUAAGAAGAUGCUCAACAUUUGGAGCAGUAAAAUUCCCGAAAUACAUCACAUCCAAUGAAGAUUCAGCUAUAAUUUGGGCUCCAAUCUACAAGUCUAAGCUAUUAACCAAUGAUAACACUAAAAUAGACCAAUGCACUCAAACAGACAUAUAUUUCAAUCAGUCACAACCAACACCGGUUUUCAAAGAUUUUCAAUUCAAUAAGAACACUUCAAUUAAUGUAUUAGAUAGGUCAACUUCAGCUAAUCAUACCUAUGCUGGCCAGAUAGGUUCAAAAACAAUACCCAAAAGAGGUAUAUAUUCAAAAGCAUGUUUACUUAAAGAAACAAGACUUAAAACAUAUCAGAAUGAGACUGAAAUUAAUGAAAAAAGUAAUUGUUACUCCAAUAAUAUGCAAAAUAGUACCAUAUCUGAUGGGCGCAAAGUCCAAAAUACAAUGAAUGAUAUUGAGGAACUACAUUGUGAUAGUUAUGACUUGAGAUUUGUUUUGAGAGCAAAGAAAAGGAAAUCUAACGAGACAAAUGAUACACUUGUAUCAACAAAGGAAAUAUUCAAUACUAAUGGCAACAAAGGAACGAACACACAAACGGACACCGAGAGCACAAAAGAUUGGUACAUUGUAGUGGACUCUGAUGUGCUGCUUCAGGAAUUCGAUUUCAUUAUCUCCUAUAUAAACAAAGAUGAUACUUGUUAUCUCUACAUACCGAAGAUCGUUGAGGAACAAUUGAAAUCUGCUGCGAUCGGGGAUCAAAGUGAAUUCAAAUCUCCCGAGAUCUCGGAACACUGGAAACGUAAAUCGUCCACAGCUAGAAGUAUACAACGGCGACUGGAAAACUAUAAAUCAAAGUUAAAUCUGCCCGAGUGUACACAAGACACCGCUGUGAAUCAAAUAGUAAAAUGUUGUUCUGAUAUCAUGCAGCGGAAUAAAGAUGUGAUGCUUGUCACAAACGACGAGGAAUUGCUGAAAAUAGCUACAUCGCAUCAAAUAAGGGCCAGCACUGUGCGAGAUUUAAAAAAACAUUUAUGUAUCGAGAAUGACAUUAACAAAUAUACCAAAAAUAACGAAAAUCUCUUCCUGCAAGACAUCGCAAUGUUCGAACCGCUGUCGCUGAGCAAGUUUCUUAAAAAUACUGAAGGCUACAAGCAGAAUGAUUGUGAUCCAUCGAACAAAGAUAUGUCCUGCUUGAUUUAUAAUAUGAGUAAGCUGAAAUUAUCAAACCCACGUGGUAGGAGAGAGGAAAAUACAUUUAAAGUGAACGGUACCAACUAUAAUGAUAUGACACAAUCACUAUCAUUAAAUAAUGAUAGUAUUAGCGAGCAAAAAAUGUGUGAUCAACAAUUAAUGAUAAGUGCCCCGAAGGAUACGGAGAAUUCAAAUCACAAUGACGAAAAAUCGAUUAAUUGUAUCGAUUCUGAAUCGAUAUCGUUUUAUGUGAACAAUGAUAUUGUUGAAAAAAAUCUUUGCCUGAGAUCAGAGGAAUUUGUUUGCCAUUUAGAUCAAAUUGUUGAGGAAUUCCUAUAUAUUGUAUCGCAGGAAAAACAACGAGAUGUCAGCCAGCCUCGGCCGUGGUCAAUCCAAGAUGGAUUAGAAAGUCUUAAAGAUAUUUACAAAGACGACAAACAAAUAGCUGAUAUCAUUAAGAAGCUAGCGGACUUGUAUAUAUCAGUACGGGGAGACAACAACAUAAAGCCCUACAAGUUUAUGCUAUUAUUCGAGCACUGGUACCGCUUGGUGCAAGCUGUUGAGGUAACUCUUAUAAAACUCUUUCAAUACAAAACAGUUGACCUGACUUUUCGAUGAACCAAGGGUGGUAGGUUGUUCAUAGGGACUACGCAUCUGUAUCCAGUAGUCAACAGAUUUUUGACUUUAUGAUUAAAAUAUUAUCCUGAAGUAACUAAUUGGCUAAAGUGGAGGAUAAAAAAAAAAACAUGUCUUGACACU